AUGGGUUACAAACACUACUGGGGCGUCAAAAACCCAACCAAAUGGUCCGAAAUAUGGCCCCAACUCAUCUCAGACGCAAACCUCAUCAUCGAAACGCUCAAAGACCGGGCUCCGCUCAUGGACGAAAAAGAUAAUUAUCACCUCCCGACCAUCGAACGCGGAAUACACAUCAAUGGAAAAGACGCCCUUGAAGAUUUUGUGUUGGAGGAACAUGAGGGUCAGGGGUUUGACUUCUGCAAGACGGCUCGCAAAGAAUAUGAUGUGAUGGUUGCGACCAUUCUGAUUCGUGCGAAGAUGUUGGCCGGAGAUGCGUUUAGUUUUAGCUCUGAUGGGUGUUGGGAUGAAUAUGAGUGGAAGGAUGCCUUGGGUGUUUAUCUUGGCUUGUGGCCAAAUGAAAAUUUGUCGAUGAAGGAAAUAAUGGAAGCUUGA